UCAUUCCAAACUAUUUUUAACCUUACAACCCCUGACGGUCGGUUGAAGAUGACCUUAACUUAGCGGGCCGGCCACGCAUCCCUUGAGAAAAAGAAUACAUGUCUAUAUAUAUUUCGUUGUACAGCAAAAAGCUCUCCUGGGAUUGUUGCUAGCGCAGAAGCGAUUCUCGCCGCGGCAGACGGCUAUCCUCACGGCGGGCAGAAAACCAGAGAGAAGGGAUUUGUUUAUAUAUAUUCUCAGAGUCGGAAAUUUGGUCGGGGUUCGGAAUCUCCGCCCGAAAAUUGAACAUGGAAGUAGCUGAAGACGAAGGCGAUGAUGUUCCGAAAAUUCCAUCACUAUUUACGGAGCUCCCAAAUGAAAUCAUAUGGUUUCAGAUACUUCCAAAGCUACCAGCCAAGUCUCUGAUGCGGUUCAAAUGUGUUUCCAAGGCGUGGUUCGCUCUCAUCACCCGAAACCCUUCCUUUCUCAGCGCCUACCGAAACCUGCAUUCCAAUCGAAACACCAGUCUCCUCCUCCUCGAUCUCAGGAACAUUGACACGAAGCAGCAACACAUUAUGUCCCUCCAUAUCAACCAAGAUGGCAGUCCCUCACCCGCCGGCGCCACCCACCUUCUAACACUAGAGCCCCAAGAGUACAGUCUCCCCAAUGUACUGUGUACCAACGGCUUGGCUUGUUUUAUCUUUAUUCAUGAGCACCGCAUUCGCGUAUUUAAUCCCUGCACCCGAGAGUCCAUAACCCUUCCCUCCACUUCCAAUUCACCCACCAGCUACCAAUCUACUUCACCGGACGUCAAACCCUGGGGAGCCGAGAUUGGAUAUGGCUUUGGAUUUAGUCCCACUACAGACGAGUAUAUGGUUGUUCAACUCGAGCUAUGCAGGUUUUUACACCAAGAGCCUGCGAAUUUUUACAGGGUUGAUGCAAGUAUUAACCUCCAGGUUUUCACACUGGGUAGUGCAGAGCCGUGGAGGCGCGUAGAGGUGGAGCACGAUGAUCUCCCAUUUGAUCAUACUUUUUGGCGCAUUGACAUGAAAAGUGUGUGCCUCCAUGGAGCCAUACAUUGGACACAUGACGAAGAGAAAUGUGUAGUGGUAUAUGACCUUGGAGAGCAAAGAUUCAGAGUCAUCCCAUUUCCUCCAGAAUUUGAUGGUAACAGCCAUCAUUUUUGGGCAAUUGUUGAUGUGGGCGGAUGUCUAGCGCUCACAUAUGACAAGGAGACGACUUCAACUUCAUAUUUAGCAGGGUUAGAGUUGUGGAUUUUGAAGGACUAUCAAGAUCAAGUAUGGGUUAAGGAGGUUUUCGCCGUUACAUAUUCUUUGCAUUCGUUUACAACAUACCCUUACAGUUGCUUAUGUGCAAUCCACACCGGUGAGAUCUUGAUCGAAUCCGGAGCACUAUCCCAAGCAUUUCUUCAUUUUUACGAUAUGAAGAAUCAAAGCUUCCGGGAAAGUUCAAUCGUUGUGCCUGAAUGGCUAUGUAGGAAGGAUGCUAAUAUUAGAUGGGACGUUAUUUCUUGUUAUGAUGAAACGAUUGCCCCCGUGAAAUGAGAACUCGAAAACAUGGUCAUCGAACGAGGAUUCGAUUCGAUUCAGGGUGCACUACUUCUGGUUCACGGUGCAUCAGAGGGCUCUGAAUUUCUGGAUAUUUCUCCCUUUCCCUUGUAUUGUUUGGAUAUUUCUCCCUUCUUUUAUUAUUUCUGUUAUUGUCUUAAUGGUAUUUUUAUUUAUUUUUUUAAUUUCGUUUUGGUCUGUUCAGGAGAAAUUGUUGUAUGCACCCGACCGUCUCAAUGGCUUGUAAAAACUUCAUAAUGUGCUUGCAAAAGCUCUUGUGAGAAGUUUAAAUUUCGAAUUUUCCAAGAACAA